AAAUUCAUCACUAUCCCCCUUAACACACAGCUUCAGGUGCUUUGGCACGACCAAGAACAUGCCCAGAAGAUGUCUUAUCUUCCCAACAAGAUGGAGCACUUGAUGAACAAGCUGUGUAUCAAUGGAGGUGUCUUCAAUAAGAUUAAUGACUUUGUCAUGGGCACUGACUAUAUGCAUGCUAUCCUUCAUGGAGAUAUCACCAAGGACAAUGUUGUACUCAUGAUAUCAAUGAACAGGACACAACUUUACAAGAGCAAGCAAUCUGAUUGCCGGAUUUAA